GGGGCAGCGGGCAGCGGCAGGUGGAGGGGGGCGCAUGUGCUGGCGUCUGGCGUGAUGUGACGGUGAUAUUGGUGAUAUGUCGCGAAGUUGGAGGUGUCUCCUAGCGACCACUGUUCUUAUGAGAAUGUCGCUGUUGGUUACUCGGUGAUUAUGCACGAUAAUUAAACGACUAUCAGAGUCACAGUUUGCAGCCAAUGCGUGAUUCGUGACGGUGGGUAUGGCAAAGCAGAGCGCCCAAGAGUUCAUUCAAGGAGUUUUCUCGCCUAUGGUCGCCGUCUUGUGCAGUUCUGAGGCGGAAGACCUUUGUAAAAAGAACAAUCUGUCGUUCGUUGAGCUACUACAGCCAUUCUGUCAGUCUGUAGAAGUUACAGUGAAACCUCCAACUGGCACACAGGCACCAGUGGCAGCAAAGCUACGGCUUGCAAUCAGAGACCUACAUAAUCCUGUCCCUCACUUGGCUGCCUCAAAGAAGCUUCUCAAUGACUCUGUAGCAAACGUCCAGCCAGAUUUGGACAACCGGUCCUCCUUGACCAGUAUCAAAGUGGGAUGUUACAGCCUGCAAGUUUCCAGUUCGACUCCAUGGUUCAACUCCUACCGGGAUGUGUUCUUCCAAGUUAUGCCUCCUUUAGAGCAUGACUUCACAAGGCAUUUCUUGGCAUGUAUAUUCGUAGUAGCUUCAAGUCAGCCAUCACCGCAAGAGGAGAUACAGCGGUUGGCGCAAAGUCAACAUCACUGCCAACUUAAUGGGAGUCACCACUCUCGCUGGUUUUUUCCUCAUGUGCUCAAAUAUUACGUUCUACUGCAUGAUGUUGCGCAGGGAGAUCUUACCAAGGCUGAGGCACUCUACCAAUCGAUGACAAAUUUGUACGGGUCAAGCUGCUGUCAUUUGCUUCAAGUGAACUCUGUUUUGCUGGAAGAUACCUAUUCAACCCUUCCGGACUUGUGGUCGCCAUUUUUGAGUCAGCAUAUAGGAACAAAGAGUGAAGUGUCAUCCAGACUGACCUCAACCAGCACAGCUCAAGAUGAUGACCUUUUUCAACAGGGAGGGCAAGGAACAACGGAGGUUGGCAUGCGAAGUAAUAGUGGAGUACAUCAUCCUUUGCUGAGCAGUGGAGAUUCCCCUUCACCAACUAUGGAUAUGCAACCUUUAUCAACAUCAGAGAAACGACGGCAACCUGGGGUGUUACUUGGUGCCUGUUUAUCGCAGAGUGACAGAGAAAGGGUCACUGUCUUUCUGCAAGAUUUUUGUGCUCAUAGUCUUGUGCCAUAUGCAGAAGAACAAAUGAGGCUGCUUAAUGACCAGGUUACAAACAAGAAAGGCAUACAUCGUUCUUUCAUGAAUGUCAAGAAAUUGUUUGCGGGAAGCAAAACUGGUCCCCAAGGGCCACAUGCAGCUGUUAAUUCUGUUGUGUAUAGUCAAGAUGCCCCAGAGCUUCAAGUGCGACGCCUUGGUGAUUUGGCAUUUCUGUUUCAGCUGUAUGAGUUUGCUUAUCAUGCAUAUCAUAGUGCCAAAAGGGACUUCAGCAGUGACAGUGCUUGGCUUCAUUUUGCUGGAGCACAGGAAAUGGCUGCUUUAGCUGCAUUUAUGGCUGGCAUCAGUGUGCAACGUCCAUUUCCAAUGCGGUACAUGGAUUCUGCCAUAGAUCUCUAUCUUAACACUUGCAAGCUUCCUCAGCUGGCAACUCGAGCUGCUCUUUUAAGUACAGAGUGCCUACGUCAACUAGGGCAGCAUUCCUCUGUGGCAGCGCAACUUAUACGAUUGACCAGUGAAGAUUCUGACCUGCGCAGCGCCUUGCUUCUUGAACAAGCUGCAUACUGUUUUCUUUUGCAUCAGUCUGCAUCGAGUACAAAUCCCUCACCACUUCCUUCAGUACGCAAGUAUGCUUUUCAUGCUGUGCUUGCUGGACACCGCUACAGUAAAGCUGGCCACCGCAAGCAUUCGCUAAGAUCUUACAGAGAAGCACUUCAGGUAUAUCACGGUCGUAAUUGGAGCCUAGCAGAGGACCACAUCAACUUUACAAUAGGGCGUCAGUCUUUAUUCUUGAAAUUGCUUCAAGGAGCUCAUGAAGCAUUCCACUGCUUACUAUCAAAACAUAGUGAGCAAAGCCCUACACAGCAGCUCCUCUUCCUCCGGGAGUUCCUCCUUGUGCUCAAGAUGCUACGGGAAGGGGACAAUGAGAUGGCCCCAGUGUUGCUUCCCCUCCCAGAGGUGAAUGCAGUAGCCACAAGAGUUCACCUGGGAAGUAUUGCUUCUGAAGAUUUCAGUGGCCAUCUGCCCACCUGGAUAAAGCUUGAAGAGCAAGCGUCUGCUGUGGCUUCUGGUGGCUCUCCGCCAAUUGCCUUUCGCCCUCAGCUGAACCUGCUGGACAACAAAACGGACAACAGCUACAGACCCCUGGCUGUAGUUAAUGAGCCUAUCACAGUUGAACUUGAGCUACAAAAUACCCUUCAGAUUCCUCUGCACCUCAGCAAAGCACAUUUGUUAUGGAGCUUUGUACCAUGUGGAGACAGCAACAUCAUCAGCAAUGACAUCACGUCUAAAUCAGUUGAAGAAGCAAAUUGCAUUGUUUCAACUGAGGUUGUAGAUGAAAUUUUGUUCGAGUCUGGAAAGAAAAACAAGGUCUUGCUGUGUCUGACACCUCGAAAGACUGGGGACCUUCACAUAACUGGUUUUGCAUAUCGUGUUGGUCUUUCCCCCAACCAACUGGACACCACCUCUGAUUUGAGCCCAUUGCCUACCCCAGUAUUGGGUCAGCAGCUGCUUUCCCUGCGUGGCCCUAAACUGAAAAAUCCAAAGCAGGCUAAGAAUGGACAGCUUUAUGCUCCUGACUGGCGAUUGCAUCCAACAGUUGUUGCUGCUAUGCCUCGGCUGAGGGUGAGCUUCAGUCACUUGCCAACACAGCUGCUUUGUGGUGAAGUCCAAAGGUCAACGCUAUACCUUUCCAAUGAAAAGGAUUGCCCUGGUCUUUCUUCACUCCUGAUUGCUUCACCCACUCCAGAACUUUUCUGCCUUGGUUCAGGGGAUGAAGAGCACGCAUGCACAGAGGACUCUGGAGUAUCCUACUGUGAAAAACCCCUUCCGCCAGGCAAAUCAGCUGCUGUUUUGGCACAAAGAGCAGAAGUGUGCCAUGUGUGUAUUCCACCUCCUCAAGCGAUGAAAAUAGCAGGAGGAGAGAGUGUAUCUUUACCUUUUUGGAUUCGUGGCCCUGAUACAUCUGGCAGGCAUGUGUUGAGGCUGCUGUUUUACUAUGAAGGGGUUGGUGAGAAAAGCAAGUUUAUGCAUCGGGUGUUAUACUACAGCAUUCAUUUUACUACGCUACCAUCUUUGUCCCUGCAAGCAUCAGCGUGGCAGAGCAUUUCUGCUGGGCCAGGGAGUGUCCCAGAUGGUGCGCUGGUUUCCUUGCAAGCAAAUAAUGACAGUGAAGUAAACAGUGUGUAUAAUGUGGACCUCAGCUUACUUCAAGUUACCUGUGUGAGCAAAGUAUGGAGCCUUGCUGCCCUUUCAACACAUCUAAAGCCAGGUAUUGCUACAGUGAAGCCACAGGAAACAAAGAAUAUUGUCAUGAAAGUUGUACCUUUCAAUCUUAAAUUGGGCCAAGAUGAUACAGCAGUUGUAUCACAGCUGCCGUUAACUAGAAUUCAGAUGGAGAGUGCACGGACACCGUGCCUGGACUUCUGCUGGCGAAGCAGUGCAGAAUUACCUCUUUUCAACCAGAAUUCCCCUCCGUUUCCGAAGAUUGUUGCAUCUGAUGAAUCUGGUGCAAGCGACCACCCAAUAAGUAUAACGUUGGCUGUAAUUUGGAAGGCUGCUGUAGACAGAGAUGGCCAGGUAUGUGUGGUUAUGGGUCAGCAGCACCUGAACUUGCACGAUUUUCACGUGAUAUACUCAUCUACACCAGGACAAAAACAGGUAGACUCUCGGCUAACUGUACCUGUAUAUCCAAACAUUGGCUUGAUUGCUCCAACCUUCCAGUAUGUACGCUGCACACUGAUGCACCCUGCUCAUGUGAAGCAUGACUUUGCAUCCACAAGACUGCUCCUGAUAUCUGUGAAUCUUGUUGUUCACAACCCAAGCUUUAGAGCUGUAACAGUCCAAGCAGAGCCAGCUGUUCGUACACCACCUCCUGUUGUGGCAAUGAGCCCAGUGAGUACACCAGAGCUUGUGGCAACAGAUGUUGGAGGUUUCUCAUGGGCAACUAGGGUGCGGCGCCUAAGUGCUGUGCGGUCUCGUGAUACAGUUGCUCUUACUUUCACUGCUGCCUUCUCUUCCCCUGGCACUUACAAUAUGGCCUCUUUGGAAGUGACUGUAUUCACCAGUGAGGGGCAAAAAUCACAUGAAGUCCUCUGCCCUAGUCUAAUGGUUGUGCAACAGCAGGGUCUGUGAGGAUGUGCAGUGCUUUGGAUUCAGUGUAGCAAUCGAUGAUCAUGGAAGUAAUGUUAACCAUAUUUUAGACAUAAGUUGUUAGUCCAAACCUGUGGUGUUGCGGCCAUUUUGACAUGGCUUUACACUUUUGACACUUUCCAGUUUGUAAGGUUGAGUUACCUAGCAGUGUGGGCUUCCCAAAAAUUUGGAGUUGGAAAAUUUUCUUAUGAAAUAAUAAUGAAGACUACGUUUUCCUUACUUCUGCUGAGUUGAGCAGUAUAGCACUUGAGCUAUGAAAAACUGGAGCUGACUUUAUUACUGGCCAUCAUUAUGCUGUGCAUCUGUUGGGUGUCGGUAUUGUUUCAGAAUGCAGUUCUUUUGAGACCUAUCAAAGUAACCUGCACUGUGUAGUGUGUAUCAGUAUAUGCCCCCUUUCUUUGUACAUUACGUAAGACACGUCAAGCAAUGUUUACCAACAAAUGCAAAUUGCAGCAUUGUUACAUGGCAGAUGGCUUUGCUAGAGGAACUAAAGGCUUCACUAUGAAUCGAUAAAUGCAGGAGCUUGUUCAAUGAAUUUCACCAGUAAACAAGAGACACGGAUACUUCCUAUUUACACAGACAUCAAAAGAUGUGAUGAACUCGGACAAAUCAUUGUCAUAUUUGAUAUCAUUGCUUUCUUCCACCCCCCCCCCCCCCCCCCUGGAUGCUAUAUAAUUGAGAAAAAUUUCUACCAAAAGAUCUUCCCCACUUUUUCUCAUGCAUUGCAAAUAGAAUUACAGGAAGCAUGGGCCUAUAACACGGACUCUCUGCCACUUUGAGUGCAUCCACCACCACUACCACCAUUUCAGCCUCUUCAAAACUCCUUUUCCAUCGUAGUGGUGAGGUGGCAGUGGAAAAGGUGCAUUAAAUUAGGUUUGGCAUGCAUUGAUGUCUCUGGUCGUGUUAACCUGCUUGUCCUUGUUGGCAUCGAGCAUCACAUCAUAGCUUAGCAUCUCUUUUAGAGCAGGAUGAAUACCAGUAACUUGUAGUAAAGAACUGCAAAUGUGGAAUCAAUUAGUCAGUCAGCAGUUAUUGUUGAACAAAAUGUGCUGUGGGAAGGUGUGCUUUGAUGCAUUUUGAUAGCAUCACAUCAUAUCUGACCAUAUCACUACGGUAGGCACCCUCACAGAAACUACAGGGUGUUUGCUCUAACGUGUCAAGAAAUUAUAUUUAAGG